CUCAGAUGGGUAACUGAGUAUCCCUGUCAUUAUCCUGAUAUUCCACAGGACGUCAAUAGUGUCUCUGCUGGCCAGAUAGGCAGCUCCAGGCUACAGCAGGAUAUUUGAAAACAGUGGGAUUCUUUGGCAGGAUACUAAUUGAAAAUAAAUUGCAGACGGGGAUCUCAAAACCAGUUCUGACAGUAAGUGGAGUCAUAAGGAUCUGAAUAUCAUUGGCGUUUAACUGUGGAAGGAAAGAGAAAUUUUCUUCAUCUGUCUUUGGAAUGUUGCAAUCAACUCUAUUACGAAGUGACUACAAUUCUGCGACACAGCUGAGACAUUGAGAACAGCCCUUUCUCACUUCAGUCUGAGAGAUCAAACAAUCCUUCUGAUUUGUAGCUGCAGUUUACAAUUCCUGCUGUACGCACACUUUAGAGAAAUCGACCGAAACCAUAUCCGCUUCUGACAGUCACUCUGUUUGCAAUGACCUCAGUAUCUCAGGAUUUUGAACACAGAAGGAAAAAACCCUGUUCGCACCAGUGAGAAACACAUACUGUUUGUGUGUGGAAGGGUCUGUGGCGAUUCAUCUGAAAUGUCCAAACACCACCGCAGUCACACUGGGGAGAGACAGUGGAAAUGUGGGGAUUGUGGGAAGGGAUUUCUUUACCCGUCCCAGCUGGAAAUGCACCAGCGAGUUCACACUGGGGAGAAGCCAUUCACCUGCUCUGUGUGUGGGAAAGGGUUCACUCAGUCAUCCAACCUGCAGAUACACCAGCGACUUCACACUGCGGAGAAGCCAUUCACCUGCUCAGUGUGUGGGAAAGGAUUUAUGCUGACUUCUCACCUGCUCAAACAUCAGCGAGUUCACACUGCAGAGAAGCCAUUCACCUGUGCUGUAUGUGGGAAAGGAUUCAUGCUGACUUCUCACCUGCUCAAACAUCAGCGAGUUCACACUGGGGAGAAGCCAUUCACAUGCCCUGUGUGUGGGAAAAGAUUCAGUCAGUCAUCAAACCUGCAGAUACACCAACGACUUCACACUGCAGAGAGACCUUUCACCUGCUCUGUGUGUGGGAAAGGAUUCAUGCUGACUUCUUACCUGUUCAAACAUCAGCGAGUUCAUACUGCAGAGAGACUGUUCACCUGCUCUGUGUGCGGGAAAGGAUUUAGUCAGUCGUCCUACCUGCUAAAACAUCAACGAGUUCACACUGGGGAGAAACCAUUCACCUGUUCUGUUUGUGGGAAAGGAUUUGGUCAAUCAUUCUACCUACUAGAACACCAGCAAGUUCACACGGGGAAGAGAACAUUCCACUGUUCUGUGUGUGGAAAAGGAUUCACUCGCUCAUCUAAACUACUGGUACACCAACGAGUUCACACUGGGGAGAAGCCAUUCACCUGUUCCGAGUGUGGGAAAGGAUUUACUGAGUCAUCAAACCUGCUGAGGCACCAGCGAGUUCACAGUGGGGAGAAGCCAUUCACCUGUUCAGAGUGUGGGAAAGCAUUCACUCAGAGAAUGCAACUGCUGAUACACCAGCGAGUUCACACUGGGGAGAGACCAUUCACUUGCUCUGUGUGUGGGAAGGGAUUCACUCAGUCAUGCAACCUGCUGAGACACCAGCAGGUUCACCAAAAACCAUAAAUGAAGGGUUUUGCUCUUACUCACAUCAAGGGAUGAACUGAAAUCUUUGGACUGUUUGUACUGAUAUUCAUCCCUGCACAAAAUUUUCCCUUCUCUUGGAAAUUAAGGCCAGACGUUUAACAGAGUUGUCAGUGGGUGAAUACUUUGGGGUCAGUGAUCAUAAUUCUAUUAGUUUUAAAAUAGUUGUAGAAAAAGAUAGACCUCAUCUAAAAGUUAAAAUGCUAAAUUGGGGUAAGGUCAAUUUUGGCACAGUCAUUGGGCGGUACAGUGGCUCAGUGGUUAGCAUGCUGCUUACAGUACCAGGGACCUGGGUUUGAUUCCAGCCUCGGGCAACUGUCUGCGUGGAGUUUGCACAUUCUCCUCGUGUCUGCAUGGGUUUCCUCCAGGUGCCCCGGUUUCCUCCCAUAAUCCAAAGAUGUGCUGGUUAGGUGAAUUGGCCAUGCUAAAUUGCCAAUAGUGUGCAGGGAUGUGUAGGUUAGGUGCAUUAGUCAAGGGUGAAAGUCGAGUAAUAGGUGAAUGGGUUUGGGCGGGCUUCUCUUCAGAAGUUGGUGUGGAUUUGUUGGGCUGAAGGGCCUGCUUCCACACUGUAGGGAUUCUAUGAUUCCAAGCCCGUUAAAAAUCAGCAAGGCUGCUUAGAAGUGGAAAUGCAGGAAAUAGCUGAGAUGCUAAACAAGUAUUUCACAUCUGUACUUACGGUGGCGAAAAAAAUAAGGGAGCUAGAAAACUUAGAGAAAUAAAUAGCGAUAACUUUUAAAAUGGCCAUAUUGCAGAGAAGCAGGCGAUGGAUGCCUCAAAAAGCAUAAAGGUGGAUAAAUCCCCAGGGCCUGUAUCGUAGAACUUUGGGUAAGCUAGGGAAGUCAUUGCUGGGUCCCUUGCUGAGAUAUUUAUCCCAUUGAUAGCCAGCGGUGAAGUACUAGAAAAUUGAAGGUUAGCAUUGUUUAAGAAAUGUAGUUAGGAAAAUGCAAGGAACUAUAGACCGGUGAUCUUGACGUCAGUUGUAGGUAUUUUGAUGGAGGGGAUUCUGAGGGACAGGAUUUACAUGAAUUUGGAAACUGAUGACGACCGAUUAGGGAUAGUCAGCAUUGAUUUGUGUGUGGCAGUUUGCACUCAUGAACUUGAUUGAAUUGUUUGAAGAAAUGACAAAUAAGAUUGACUGCAGAGCGGUGGAUGUUGUCUGUAUGGAUUUCAGUAAGGCUUUUGAUCAGAUUCCACAUGAUUAACAAGUCUGGUUGAAGAUUUGUAGCUCGGGUGUCCGUUGUUGUGGUUCUG